AUGUCAACGGGUAAAGAAAUCGGGGGAGCCCAGCAUGCUCAAUACGUGGGACCAUAUCGACUGGAAAAAACGCUUGGAAAGGGACAGACAGGAUUGGUGAAGCUCGGAGUCCACUGUGUAACAUGUCAAAAGGUCGCAAUAAAGAUUGUCAACAGGGAGAAGCUCAGUGAGUCGGUGCUAAUGAAGGUAGAACGGGAGAUAGCUAUCCUGAAGUUAAUAGAGCAUCCACAUGUUUUAAAGCUACAUGACGUCUAUGAAAAUAAAAAAUAUUUGUACUUGGUGCUAGAGCAUGUUUCUGGGGGCGAGCUCUUUGAUUAUCUUGUGAAAAAAGGACGACUGACACCAAAGGAGGCCCGAAAGUUCUUCCGACAAAUAAUAUCUGCAUUAGAUUUCUGCCAUAGCCAUUCAAUAUGCCACAGAGACUUGAAGCCAGAAAAUUUAUUGUUGGAUGAAAAGAAUAACAUCAGAAUAGCAGACUUUGGAAUGGCUUCACUGCAGGUUGGCGACAGCUUGUUAGAAACCAGCUGCGGCUCACCUCAUUACGCCUGUCCUGAAGUCAUCAGGGGAGAAAAGUAUGAUGGUCGGAAAGCAGAUGUCUGGAGCUGUGGUGUCAUCCUUUUUGCACUCUUGGUGGGAGCUCUGCCAUUUGAUGAUGAUAACCUGAGACAGUUAUUGGAAAAGGUAAAGCGUGGAGUGUUUCACAUGCCACAUUUUAUACCGCCGGACUGUCAAAAUCUCUUAAAGGGAAUGAUCGAGGUGGAUGCUUCAAAACGUUUAACACUAGACCAGAUCCAGAAACAUUCUUGGUAUAUUGGGGGCAAGAAUGAGCCCGAACCAGAGCAGCCUGUUCCAAGAAAGGUGCAGAUACGCUCGCUUCCGUCACUAGAGGAUAUAGAUCCAGAUGUCCUGGACAGCAUGCACUCAUUAGGUUGCUUUCGAGAUAAGAACAAGCUUAUGCAAGAUUUGGUAUCAGAAGAGGAAAAUCAAGAAAAGAUGAUCUAUUUUCUUCUUCUCGAUCGGAAAGAGCGGUAUCCAAGCCAUGAAGAUGAAGAUUUGCCUCCUCAAAAUGAUACAGAUCCACCUAGAAAAAGAGUAGACUCACCAAUGUUAAAUCGACAUGGCAAGCGGCGACCUGAAAGGAAAUCGAUGGAGGUACUGAGCGUUACUGACGGAGGCUCCCCAGUUCCAGCUCGACGGGCCAUUGAAAUGGCACAGCAUGGCCAGAGUAAAAGUAUGUUCAGUAAAAGCUUGGAUAUCACAGAUGCCAAUCCCAGAAUCAACAAAGAAGAAAGAUCCAGGUCAAUAAGUGGAGCAUCUUCUGGCCUUUCCACUAGCCCCCUCAGCAGUCCAAGGCCUAUCAGAAAGCUUUUUGCUCCCCCCCAGAGUCCUGAUCUUAACCCCUUUCCCAAAGUACACGCUUCUGUAGUUCCUCACGGUAAUAGAAAUAUAACAAAACCCAUUAAUGUGCUUCAACCAAAAAUAGGAUUUCAACCCAAUCCAAAGACACAAACUCUUCCUGCUAAAAGUAAGCUCGCAGAUAAACCUUUGCAAACCGUAAAAUCUAACCCACUUCCUGUUGUAACAUCAGAAGCACCAGCUCCUCAGAAAGCUUCGGUUCUAAAUGUUCAGAGUCAGCAAUGUGCAGCUACAUCUCCUACCCAAUUGUUUGUUCCUUCAGUCCAGAUUACCCCCCUUUCUCUUGUCAGAUUGAUCCCUGGUACUGAUCCAAGCACCAAAUCUAUCCCCAUAAUACAGGUGACCCCUCACCCUUCCCCUCGCGGAAGUCCCCUCCCCACCCCAAAGGGUACACCAGUUCACACUCCCAAGGAGAGUCCAGCGAGUACUCCGAAUCCAACACCACCAUCCAGCCCCAGUAUUGGAGGGAUGCCUUGGAGAACGCGGCUGAAUUCGAUCAAAAACAGUUUCCUUGGAUCACCUCGGUUUCAUCGCAGGAAAUUACAAGUACCUACGCCAGAAGAGAUGUCAAGUCUAACUCCAGAGUCUUCCCCAGAGCUUGCCAAAAAGUCAUGGUUUGGUAACUUCAUCAACUUGGACAAAGAGGAGCAGAUAUUUGUCGUCAUCAAGGACAAACCAUUGAGUUCCAUCAAAGCAGACAUUGUCCAUGCCUUCCUUUCUAUCCCUAGCCUAAGUCACAGUGUUAUGUCUCAGACAAGUUUCCGAGCAGAGUACAAAUCCACUGGGGGCCCAGCUGUGUUCCAGAAGCCAGUUAAAUUCCAGGUGGACAUCACUUACACAGAAGGCAACGAGGCACGGAAGGAGAAUGGGAUUUAUUCAGUCACCUUCACACUACUGUCAGGUCCAAGCCGUCGGUUCAAAAGAGUGGUGGAAACGAUUCAGGUCCAGUUGUUAAGCACACAUGACCAGCCUUCCGUGCAACAGUUGUCUGCAACUUCUCACUGUAUGCAGCUGCUGACUGGCAGACUUUCAAAAUGUGGCAGCCCAUUGAGUAACUUCUUUGACGUAAUUAAACAACUUUUUUCAGACGAGAAGGAUAAUGGGCAAGUAGCUCAUCCACCAGCUACGCCAACCAAACAUGGCACAAACACCAAGCAGAAUGAUUCUGAUGCUAUUGACUAUGGUUCUAGAGGACACUCUAAAUUUCCAGCUGGGAAAAAGAAGGCAAAGAUGGUGCCAAGUAUUGGGACACAGGACCAACCUUAA